AUGCGCCAACCUAUAAAACUGGUCAUACUAUUUCCAUAUUCCUUUUAAUUGUUGCUAUAAUCUUAUCGAUGGUUCAAUAUUAUUUAUUAAAUAGAGUAAAUAAACAUAAAAUUAGCGAUCCAGACCGAUUUUUAAAAGGAAAAAAUAAAGAGGAGGCUGUGAUAUUUGGAGACAAACAUCCAUCAUUUGUUUAUACCUU